UAUUCAUCAUGUAUUUGAUUUCAACUGGUUUAAAAUAUUCACACGAAGAGCCUAUUUCAUAGAUUAUGUGAUUUUUAUUAACCAGCAACCUCAGUUCUUCUUGUAUUUAAAUACAUUGAAUCCAAUCACUGAUAACCUGAUAAAACUGCUUUACUAAGUACAUACGGGUAUUUGAUUUGUGUCUAUAGUUAGAUGACUUGCAUUCCCAAUGAACAAAAAACUCAGAACUCUAAAGUGUACACAAUGAUUCAGCAUUUUGCUGCACAUAUAACUUUAAUCAAUUAGUUAGCGUAACCAUAUCGAUAAAAAAUAUCAUCAUGGCCGCAGGGAAGUCGAUCCUCGUUGUGUUGACGUCCAACGAUAAGCUAGGGAAUACCGGAAAGCCAUCAGGAUGGUACCUUCCGGAACUAGCUCAUCCAUACUUCGCAUUUAAAUCUGCAGGAUUAAAGAUCCAGUUAGCAAGCCCCAAAGGUGGAGAGGCACCUCUAGACCCUGGUAGCAUAAACCUUGACGAUGCAGAGAAUAAGUUAUUUUGGGAGACAGCAGAAACCAAAUCGUUAACUCAGAAUACAAAGAAACUUUCAGACUGCAGAUCUGCUGAUUACGAUGCUAUAUUCUUCGUUGGUGGCUUUGGGACGAUGUGGGAUUUUCCAGACGACCCAGAUGUCCAGCGUCUCUCUGCAGAGAUUUAUGACAAAGGUGGCGUUGUGAGCGCCGUUUGUCAUGGUCCUGUUGCAUUAGUCAACGUGCGUCUAACGGACGGAAGUUAUCUGGUAAAGGGUAAAGGGGUUGCCGGUUUCUGUAACGAAGAGGAAGAUGCAGUUAGCGCCCGAGACAUCGUCCCUUA